AUGAAAAAAUCUAUCAAACAACUCUCCUCCAUUUUAAAAGAAAAUCCUAAUUCUAAAGUUAUAUUCAUGGUUGGAGCAGGAAUUUCCACUAGUUGUGGAAUCCCAGAUUUUAGAUCUCCAAAAACUGGUUUGUACCAUAAUUUAUCAAAGUUAAAUUUGCCCUAUGCAGAGGCCGUAUUUGAUAUAGAUUUUUUUAAAAAUAAUCCGGUACCUUUUUACAUUUUAGCUAAGGAGCUGUAUCCGGGCAACUUCAAACCCUCCAAGUUUCAUUAUUUCAUGAAAUUAAUGGAAGAUAAAAAUAGAUUGCACAGGGUUUAUACCCAAAAUAUAGAUACCUUGGAGAGGGAGGCAGGUAUUUCUGGGGAAAAGAUUAUUGAAGCACAUGGUUCCUUUGCUUCCAAUCAUUGUAUCAAUUGUAACGAAAGAUAUGAGCUUGAGAUUUUCAAGGAAAAAGUCACCAACUUCGAAGAAGGUCCUGGAAAACACGAUUUUGCAAAAUGUAGGAAAUGUGUUGAUGGGUUGAUCAAGCCUAACAUUGUGUUUUUUGGCGAGAAUUUGCCUUCUUCGUUUUUCACUUCAUUAGAUUAUGACAGAAAAUUACUUGAAAAGAACUCAGAUGAUUAUAUUGUUAUUUUUGCCGGAACUUCUUUGGCUGUAUAUCCCUUUUGUUCCUCUGCAGCGGCUGUACCCGAAAUGGCGACGAGAUCACUAGUUAAUAAAGAGUUAGUUGGGAAUUUUAAAAAGGAGCCUAGAGAUUCCGAUAUUGUAAUACUGGAAAAUUGUGAUUCUGUUGUGGAAGAGUUGGCGCGUGAGCUUGGCUGGCUUGAAGAUUUGGAAAAAUUAAUUUCCGGAUCAGAUGACGUUAAAGCUGAUGCUUUGGAAGAAUUAGCCGCUGACAUUGAAAAGAAUUUAACUUUAGAUGAGGUCAAUAUUACUCCUUUGACGCAACGAGACUCAGCAAAACACAACAAUAUAGAAUUACAAUCUGAUACCGUUAAUAGGUGA